UACAACGCUCGUAUUCGGGGCAUCAGUGAAAGCAUUACACCGCAAUCUGACCGCCAUCGCUCCUAUUCCUUCUCUGGAGUUCGCUCCAGGGGAAUGACCCCGGAGGUGACGCAGGAGACAGGCCGGCGUCGGACCACCAGUGAGGGACAGUACCAGAGCAGCCAUGAGAGCACGCCGCCGGUUCACUCCCCAGACUUCACCAACAGCCUGGCGCUCAACCCGGGAGGAAGACCCCGAGAGGGUCCCAUGCACAGCUACCGGGAGGCGUUCGAGGACGACAAGCCGGACGGUUUCAACAGUCCGACCUUUGGAGGCGGUGGUGAGAACUCUCCACAGACCCCCGGCUUCCCUGUGUCGCCUCAGACUCCUUACUUCAACAUGUGUAGGUCCAGACAGGGGGCGCUCUCUGAUCCUCUCAACACAAAGCUUUAA